AUGGAGGCCUUCAUUCUGUACGAGGAGAUUGGAAGAGGAAAUAAGACAGUUGUUUAUAAAGGAAGAAGAAAGGGGACAAUUAAUUUUGUUGCUGUUCUUUGCACUGAUAAAUGCAAAACAGCUGAAAUAACAAACUGGGUUCGUCUGACUCAUGAAAUCAGACAUAAGAAUAUAGUGACAUUUCACGAAUGGUUUGAAACAAGCAACCAUUUCUGGCUUGUAGUGGAAUUAUGCACAGGUGGUUCUCUAGAAUCUGUUAUUGCUCAGGAUGAACAUCUACCUGAAGAUGUAGUGAGAGAAUUUGGUGUUAAUUUGAUUACUGGUUUAUACCAUAUUCAUAAGCUUGGAAUUAUCUUUUGUGAACUGACACCUGCAAAGAUUCUGCUGGAAGGGUCUGGCACUUUGAAAUUCAGUAAUUUUUGCUUGGCUAAAGCGGAUGGUGAAAAUUUGGAAGAAUUUUUUGCUUUAGUUCGAUCUGAAGAAGGUGAAGAUGUCAGUGAAAACACUCCACAGAGAUACCUGAAAAAUAGAUUUCGAGGCUCUCCAUUAUACACAGCUCCAGAAGUAAUAAAGGGAGAAGACUUCUCCAAAGCCAGUGAUCUGUGGUCCUUGGGAUGUUUACUUUAUGAAAUGUUCUCAGGAAGACCACCAUUCUUCUCAGACAGAAUUUCUGAAUUAAUUGAAAAGAUUUUGUAUGAAGAUCCAUUGCCACCUAGACCAGAGGGUUCUGCUUUUCAGGAACCUUCUGCUGAGUUUGUUAGUUUGCUUGAUGGGUUGCUUCAAAAGGAUCCUCAGAAAAGGCUGAAUUGGACAGACCUACUACAGCAUCCGUUCUGGAAAGGAUCCCUUAGCCAUUGUGGUGAUGGUUCUGCAGACAGCAAGGCCACAAGCUCAAGCAGUGAAGAAACAGAGUCAUCAGUGUCUUGGAGUGCCAAAGAGCCAGUGGAUACUUCUAAAAAUCUAGAUAGCCUGUCAUCCCCAAAAGCAAAUAAUAAGCUACCAAGCAAUCCUUUCAAAAUAGAAACUCAGACUGAGUUGUGCCCAAAAAGUGCAGUUAAUGGCAAAUCAAAUGAAUCCAUAUUUCUUCUCAGUUCUCGUCCCACACCUAGAACUAGCACUGCAGUAGAAGUAAAUGAUACUACUACUGCCCCAAUCCAAAAUUCUCCACAAAGAGAUUCAUGCUUGAAAAAGGUUAAAAAUAUGUGCUCAAGUCAGCAGGAUAUGGAGUCAACAAUGAAAGAGCUCAUUUACGCUGAAUCUGAUCUUAUCAUAACACCGAUCAUUGACAAUCCAAAGGUAUAG